AUGAGCUUUUUCAGACUGUUUAAAUUUGCCAGUAUUUCCCGCUGCUCCAAAUCUUUGUCUUCGACUAACAAAAGGAACAUCAUGACUGCUGGAUUAGAUGCCUCCAAAUUGGAGAUAACGAAGGCGGAAAACUUGAAACCAAUGUUGCCAAACGACCAAUUGGUGUUUGGUAAGACGUUUACUGACCAUAUGCUUGAAAUCGAAUGGACCAAGGACCAAGGAUGGGGAACUCCAAAAAUUUCUCCUUACCACAACCUCUCGCUUGAUCCCUCGGCUGUCGUGUUUCACUAUGCCUUUGAAUUAUUCGAGGGUAUGAAGGCUUUCAGAGAUGCCGAAGGUAAAAUCAGACUUUUCAGACCUGAUAUGAAUAUGAUCAGAAUGAACAAAUCUGCCGCUCGUAUCACUUUGCCCACAUUUGACGACGAAGAAUUGAUCAAAUUGAUCGAAAAGUUUGUCCUGGUAGACGAGAGAUUUGUGCCAAAAGGUGAAGGCUACUCUUUGUACUUGAGACCUACUUUGAUUGGUACCACUGCUUCAUUGGGUGUUAGUGCUCCCGACAGAGCUUUGCUUUACGUGAUUGCCAGUCCUGUUGGACCUUACUAUGCUACAGGAUUCAAGCCUGUCUCCUUGGAAGCUUCUGAGAACCUUGUGAGAGCUUGGCCCGGUGGUGUUGGAGACAAGAAACUUGGUGCCAAUUACGCUCCAUGUAUCAAGCCGCAAUUGGAAGCUGCCGCCAGAGGUCACCAACAGAACUUGUGGUUGUUUGGAGAAGAGGGAUAUGUUACCGAGGUGGGAACCAUGAAUGCGUUUUUCGUUUUUGAGGCUGAUGGUAAGAAAGAAUUGGUUACUGCUCCAUUGGAUGGAACUAUCUUGGAGGGUGUCACAAGAGAUUCUAUCUUGGAGUUGUGCCGCGAGAGAUUGCCUUCAUCUGAAUGGACUAUCUCUGAACGUCCUUUCACAAUCAAAGAGGUGAAAGAGAAUGCUGACGCCGGAAAAUUGGUGGAGGCAUUUGGUGCCGGUACUGCUGCCAUUGUCUCUCCUAUUGGCAACAUUAGCUGGAAAGGAAACGAAAUCAAGGUGCCUGUUGGAAGUGAGGGAACCGGUGAGUUGACCAAGACCGUCCUUGACUGGAUCAUGGGCAUCCAAUACGGAAAGGUGACCUUCAAGAACUGGUCGAGAGUCGUCCAGUAA